AUGGGUCUUAUAUCUGCCAUAUUUUCAGUUUUGCAAGUUUCACGUACUAUGACGGCACUUGUUGCAAUGAUAACAUACUUACCAUAUGUUCAGGGCGCUGUUUUCGAUGCGGUUAUCAGCAAAGAGAGCAAGGAUGAUAUUGUUCUUCACUGGAAGCUUCAUCGGAGAAGGGAAGAGAGAACACAGCCAAUGUUGAGAAGCAAAAUAAUAGCAGUGGCGAAUUUUAUUCGCUUUCGAGGCGUGCCUUUUGUGUUUAGGGAAAUUGCAUACUGUCUUUUAGGACUUAUUCCUUUCGCCGGAUUUCCUCUAGUACUAUACUUCAAGGCAUCCAGAAAGGGCAAUCGGACUCACAGAAGAUACUACGAGCUCAUGGAGUGGGAUAGGCUUCAGGUUGCAAAAUUCUACAAACUUCAUAAAGGCGACUACACAAUGUUUGGGGUUGUUGCGUUGACGCUCGAAAUGAUCCCAGGAUUCAAUGUAUUUUUUAUGUUCACAAGCAAUAUUGGCUUGGCCUUGUGGACAGUAAAGAUGCACUCGAGUUUCAGUAGUGAGAUGGAAUGA